GUCCUAGAGGCAAAGUCGUGGAGCUGGGCAUGCUCAGUAGCCGGGGGGAGGCUCGGGUGGAGAGUAGAAAGCUUGGGCUCUGCCCACCACCCCCUCCCGCUGGCCCCCGCCCCUCUUGCCCCUACCCAGCCCGUAGUAGUUGCCCGGCGUGCGCCCGCCGAGACCGGGAACAUGGCGCUCCGAGCGUUGUAGCAGCGGAGAAGGGGGUAGGCACGGCCGCUUCGCUGACAGCCAGCCGCCAGAAAUACACGAUGGCAAAAUGCUUCCACCCCUUGCCAAAAUGAACAGUGAGGAAAAAUGAAGAACGCUGAAGAACUUGAACAAAAAGUUGCAGAACAGAAAUAGCCACACUCCUCUGGAGUCUCAUUCCUAUAGAACCAUCACAUAAAAGGUUUUGGCACCAUGUUUGGGAAGAAAAAGAAAAAGAUUGAAAUAUCGGGCCCAUCCAACUUUGAACACAGGGUUCAUACUGGAUUUGAUCCUCAAGAACAGAAGUUUACAGGCCUUCCCCAGCAAUGGCAUAGCCUGUUAGCAGACACCGCCAACAGGCCAAAGCCCAUGGUGGAUCCUUCAUGCAUCACACCCAUCCAGCUGGCUCCCAUGAAGACAAUCGUGAGAGGCAACAAACCCUGCAAGGAAACGUCCAUCAAUGGCCUUCUAGAGGAUUUUGACAACAUCUCUGUGACCCGAUCCAACUCCCUAAGGAAAGAGAGCCCACCCACCCCAGACCAGGGUGCCUCUGGCCUUGGCCCAGGCCGAAGGGAGGAAAAUGGCUUCAUCACCUUCUCCCAGUAUUCCAGCGAAUCCGACACCACCGCUGACUACACCACCGACAAGUACAGAGAAAAGAGUCUCUAUGGAGACGAUUUGGACCCAUAUUAUAAAGGCAGCCAUGGAGCCAAACAAAACGGGCACAUGAUGAAAAUGAAGCACGGGGAGGCCUACUAUUCUGAAAUGAAGCCUUUGAAGUCUGAGCUGGCCAGAUUUCCUGGGGAUUACCACACGCACUUGGACUCACUGAGCAAAUCCAGUGAAUACGGCGACCUCAAGUGGGGAUACCAGAGAGCCUCCAGCAGCUCUCCUCUUGAUUAUUCAUUUCAGUUCACACCUUCUAGAACUGCAGGGACCAGGCGGUACUCCAAGGAGAGUCUGGCAUACAGCGAAAGUGAAUGGGGACCCUUGGAUGAUUAUGACAGGAGGCCAAAGUCAUCCUACUUGAAUCAGACAAGCCCUCAGCCCACCAUGCGACAGAGAUCCAGGUCAGGUUCAGGGCUCCAGGAACCCAUGAUGCCCUUCGGAGCAAGUGCAUUUAAAACCCAUCCUCAAGGGCACUCAUACAACUCCUACACCUACCCUCGCUUGUCCGAGCCUACAAUGUGCAUUCCAAAGGUGGAUUAUGAUCGAGCACAGAUGGUCCUCAGUCCUCCACUGUCAGGGUCUGACACUUAUCCCAGGGGCCCCUCCAAACUACCUCAGAGUCAAAGCAAAGCAGGCUAUUCCUCAAGCAGUCAACAGUACCCAUCCGGAUACCACAAAGCCACCCUCUAUCACCAUCCAUCCCUGCAGAGCAGCUCACAGUACAUCUCUACUGCUUCUUAUCUGAGUUCUCUCAGCAUUUCAUCCAGCAGCUACCCACCACCCAGCUGGGGCUCCUCCUCAGAUCAGCAACCCUCUAGGGUGUCCCAUGAACAGUUUCGGGCUGCCCUGCAGCUAGUGGUCAGCCCAGGAGACCCCAGGGAAUACUUGGACAACUUUAUCAAAAUUGGAGAAGGGUCAACCGGCAUUGUGUGCAUUGCAACUGAAAAACACACAGGGAAACAAGUUGCAGUGAAGAAAAUGGACCUCCGAAAGCAACAGAGACGAGAACUGCUUUUUAAUGAGGUUGUAAUAAUGCGAGAUUACCACCAUGACAAUGUGGUUGACAUGUACAACAGCUACUUGGUCAAUGAUGAGCUCUGGGUAGUUAUGGAAUUUCUGGAAGGUGGUGCCUUGACAGACAUUGUUACUCAUACCAGAAUGAAUGAAGAACAGAUAGCUACCGUCUGUCUGUCAGUUCUGAAAGCUCUCUCCUAUCUUCACAAUCAAGGAGUGAUUCACAGAGACAUAAAGAGUGACUCCAUCCUCCUGACCAGUGAUGGCCGGAUAAAGUUAUCUGACUUUGGUUUCUGUGCUCAAGUUUCCAAAGAGGUGCCGAAGAGGAAAUCCCUGGUUGGCACUCCCUACUGGAUGGCUCCUGAGGUGAUUUCUAGGCUACCUUAUGGGACAGAGGUGGACAUAUGGUCCCUGGGGAUCAUGGUGAUAGAAAUGAUAGAUGGCGAACCGCCCUACUUCAAUGAACCUCCCCUCCAGGCAAUGAGGAGGAUUCGAGACAGUUUACCUCCAAGAGUAAAGGAUCUACACAAGGUUUCUUCUGUGCUCCGGGGAUUCCUAGACCUGAUGUUGGUGAGAGAACCAUCUCAAAGAGCCACAGCCCAGGAACUCCUCGGACAUCCAUUCUUGAAACUGGCGGGCCCACCCUCUUGUAUUGUUCCCCUCAUGAGACAAUAUAGGCAUCACUGAGUAGAGGAGUCACAUCAGUAAAAAAAAGCUAGAGGACAUGAGCAUAAUUCAGGAGAACAUGAAACCACAGGACAUGCAAAAGACCAGCUGAUUGGUGGGACAGUGUGAUGACCAGCAGGGUUUGACAGACCAGGGCAUCUUCUUGUGUCUUAAACAGGCAUCUCUCCACUGACAGCUGGCACAAUCAUUUGGAACAUCACUUUAAAAAGUCAUUAUUAUAUUUUUCAACCCUUCAUCCAGCAAAUCAGAAAGGACUCAGUACAAACUCCGUUAUGAUAUAUCCUAGCCACAUGCAGGGUAAUGCGUAGGGUUUUCUAUAUUGAAAGAAUACUUUUCUGGCAAAAAAAGAAAGGAAAACAAAAAGCACUUUUUUCUUAAUGGUAGCAGUGUAAUGUAUUUUGCAAUGAAUUUGAAUUUGUAAUUUUUCUGUACAAUAGUUUUGAUAAUUUAUAGUACUUUGAUGUCACGUAGCCAUUGUAUCAGUUAAAGUAAUACUUGUUUACUAGCAAGAGUUUGAACAAAGCCUUUCCUACUUUUUUAUCCCUUUCAGAGACCCAACGAUUCUAUAGGAACUUUGAAUACUGAAUGACUCUCAAUCACCGUCAGCUUUAGUAGAAUAUCUUUCUUAUCUUUAACAAGUGUCUUAUGUGAUGGACGAAGAUUUAAGAGUGAUGGUGAUGGUGGUGCACAUUUCAUUUAUUUAACCAAAAAUAAAAUAAAAUUUGAGUCACAGUUUACCACCAAACUACUCCUUGGGGUAAAGUUAAAUAUAUUGGAAAAUUGCUCAGUCCUUAUGCUAGUACUAGCAAAGCAGGGUGGUUUUUUCCUUGUGCCCUCUCUUGAAUGGGCAAGAUAUGCUCCUUGUGACCAAAUUGCCCUCCCAAGGAACAAUUUCAGUGCUGGGAUCAUGAGACUCAGUUCCUCAAAUUGUAUGUUUCAAUCAGGUCAUGAGAAUUGUAGUAUCACAAAGGGAAAGGAGAGAGAAUGGGACAAGAUGUUUGGUUUCAUUUGUCACUGUUUUCAAAGCUCUGUAUGCUAGCACACCAAACUCUUGUCUGUACUUACCUUUGUACCACAGUAUUAAUUGCUAUUGUUCAUGUAUUGUGCUGGAAGCCUGAACUGACUCUAGAGGAAGAAUAGGAAAGGGGGUAUUUUACAGGUACGAUCUGACUUCAGUUGUGAUCAUGUUAUAAUGUGUUUCUAACAUAGGAGAGUUGUGCUGCUGUCUAGAUCUUCUUGAAUGUUGAUAAAAAUGAAUGACUACUAUAAUACAUUUUGUGUUGCUUGUUGGAUGAAUUUGCAUGUUAACUGUAGGCCAAUAUAGAUUUGCCUUUAAAACUCUGAAAGAGCUACAUAGUCACCAUUAGUUUUUAUUACGUAUGUGUCAGACAAAAGCCAUUUGUACCAAACUAGAAAACCAGAGGUUUUUCAUAAUGACUUCAUAUACUGUAACAAGAAUGAAUUUAAUUUUGUGAAAAUGCUCUGGUUGCUCUAAGCAUAAUUAAGAAUUUUAAUUAAUAGGUUGUUUAUUAUUUAUUAUCAUUUAAAAAAGGAAAAAAAGGCAUAAGAUGACCUUCUACUGCUUAGAUUUUCAGUUUUCUCCCAAACUGAAAAGGCCUCACCAUAAGUAAGAUCUAUAAUUUAUUUCAUAAAACACGAGUCAAUGUUUUAUUUGAUAUCUUAAAAUAUUAAUAUAAGUAAGUAAGAAAAAAAUCUAAAUCCAGAAAAUGACAGUCCUAAAAGUUCGCAGAACAAAUUUUAUUAAUGUAACUAGUACUCUAUAGGCUAGAAAUUAAAAAAAAACUUUUUAUAAUCAGAACAAAUACUAAAACCAUUACAAAAAUAGUAGAUUUGAGAUUCCAACCAUUUUUAAGAGUGUAAUAGAAACUUUUCUGUAAUUUUCUUAUUGCUGGGUAUUUUUUAAAGUAGUCAUUGAGUUUACCAAAAGUUACUGUAGCUUAAAAAGGUUUUGUGAGCACUAUUGGCAGAAACUGCACUUGCAAAUAAAAAUAAAUGUUUGCCUUUUCUUC